AUGCGAGGGGAAGAAGGCGACGAGUGGGUGUGGGCGGAGCAUGGUAGUGACGGUAUCGAGGGCGGAGGCAAUUGGGCGGACAUAUGGGCGUUAAUUGAUGGGUCGGGCGGGGUUACAGGGCGCAUGGUUAAGGCGGCCAGCGAGUUGGGCACCGCUGCGGCAGCUGCAGUAGCAGGCAGAUUCAGUUCGUUUUCCGGAUCCAGGGACAGCCUUGUUUCGGCAGCUGCGGAGCAGGUUCCGUCCAAUUUUUCGGGAAUCGAUGCCAUGGAACGCGUGGUCUCGUGGACCGAUCUGAUUGCGAGUUUCACCGCGGUCAGGCCGGAAGGCGCGUCGCCAACUGUUGGCACUAACGAGCAGGCUCAUUUGAAUGAGCUCUCGGCGGAGGACCAAACGCCCGAAGCUUGUGCAGGGCCCAAUGACCGUCCCGACAUCGCCGCGGGAAUGCCAACAGAAGUCGCGGAAGAGCAACAGUGCGACGAGUUUGGCUGGUUGGCGAACGGCGUUUGUCGCACAGACGUUGCGACGGGUGUUGCGGCUGCGGCGGCUGAGGAGACAGUGGCAGAGGCGCAGGGGACAAACGCCGGAGCUGGUGAUCGUCGUACCGUGACACUCUCCCCGACCCCGCAGCCUGAACCAUGCUGCGGCCAACAAGGCACGACAACGGGCGGGGCUGGCGCCAGGACGAACGGUGCUAUGAGCCACAGCACCAGUGCGGCCCCACUGUCCACGCCCAGCUCUUCCCCUCUGCCCGAUCUCGCUUCCUCCGCCACCACUGGUGGCACUACCACUCCCUCCUCGUGGCCGGGCGUCGGGGCUUGGGGGAGCGCGGAGGAGCGCACGAGCGAGCUUGGAGGCGGGGCGGACGGAGGACGAGAGAGCGGGAUGGUUGGACGGGGCGUGGAAGAAAGCGGAGCAGAAAUGGGAACGCGCGCAGCCGCGGAAGGAGAAAGGGUGGUUGGCGGGAGGGGGAGUGCCGGCUUGGGCGGCGCAGACGGGCUGGCUAUGGGGGAAACGGAGGGGGCGGUGCGAGCGCGCGGGCGAAAGGGCGGAGGAGCGAGUAGCUGGGAGUGUAGGCGAGCAGAGUGCGGGAGCAGAGGUGGGGGAGGGGCGCAGGGGGACGGUGCGGACUUGAUGGAGUUGGCGCCGCGUGUGGGCAGCGGGGGUGAUGGCGGGGGCAGCGGCGGGGGCAGCAACAAGGGCCUCUGUGAGGCACGAGACGGUGAAGUGAUUCACGCAGCACAACGCGAUGUUACCGACGCGCGUGAGCUCGUGCUGCAGACGCGCACAGCAGGGACGGCAAGCUCGGCGGAGGGGCAGGGCAAGGGGGAGGAAGGGGCGGGCGAGGUUGAGGAGGCGGGGCGCGGGGCGGGCAGUGGUGGGGAUGUGGAUGUGGACUGUUUGGAGAUGGUAUGCGCCAUGCUGGGGGCGAGGAAGCGUCUCAAGGCCACUCCCGUGGGGGUGAUCGACGGUUCCUGUGCAGCGGGGGAGCGGAUGGGCGCACAUGCGGCGAUGGUGGACGGCAUGGCCGAUGCUCCUUUCCUGCCCGGCCCUGUCUUCGCCUCGCCGCUCAGCCACCACUCGCGCUUCCCUCCGCACCUUGCACACUCGCUCCCUCACGCUACACCCCCGCCGAGCCUUCAACUGCCGCCUCUCCACCACAGCAGCGCCGCCCUACCCGUGUCUCGUUCCUCCUCCCGCCCUUGUUCGUCCCCAUCCGCCCCUCAUGUAUCUGGACUCGCUGGGACCGUCUCUGCCUCUUUUCCCACCACCGGCACCCCCACUGCCGCCUCUCUCUCCCCGCACUCCCUCCCACACCAUUUCCUUGCUCCACACGUGCGCUCCCUCCACUCCCCCGCGCCCCCGCCGCACACACCAGCCGCAUCAAGGAUUGGUUCAGCAGACGCGGGGUGGGGGGAUGGGGGUGUGCGCGAGCAGGCAGCGCUGGUGCCCAAGAAGCGGUCCCUGUCAUGGGCAGGCGGGGACGUGAGUGGCGCAUGGGGGAUGGAGAGCGCGGCAGGCAUGGCGCACAUGGCAAACAUAGCACAUGAACCUCUAACGCCCGUGCUCCCCAAUGGAUCAACGCAUAGCGCCUCACCUGCGCUUGCUGCCGCACCACCAGCACUGGCUGCACGAGCUCGCGAGAGGCCUUUCGCUGUGGAUGCUGCUGCCGUGGGGAUAAAAACGGCUGUGAGUGCUGCGAGCGGUGGUGCGGGUGGGAUCAGCAGCGUGAGGAGGUGCGAGGAGGCGAGCGGGGACGGCGAUGGCAGCAGCAGGGCGGUGCCGCUGUGGAGUCAGGGGCUGCAGCGCAUUGCGUGGUUGCAGCUGCAGCACCGCCUGCUGCUCAUGAAGCAGCGGCAGAUCGUGCAGCAGGGGCAGGGGCAAGAGGUGCAGGGGGAUUCAGCUGAUGAGGCAAAGCGGGAAGAGCACUUGGAGGUAACUCGUCAGAUUAAGCAGGUGUGGAUGGAGCAGCAGCAGCAGCAACAACAACAACAACAACACGCAGCGGGGGUCAGAGCACAGGUGAUAGGCAACGCUGGCGCGCUGGGUCUUGCUACUAUGUCUGCUGCGAUUCCACAGGCGUUCACUCCCUCUGCCGCUCAAGCAAGCCAAAGCGCACAUCAAGUGGGACGAAGCGGCGAUUGGGAGUCACAGUCACUAGGGGACAGCACAGGGCUGCGUCAGACCAUCCCCCACCACAGCACGAGCAUCGCUCAGCUGCCGUUUGCAGCAGCAGUGAGGCGUGCCAUUCUGAACGCGGCACAGGUGCGCACCCCACAUGCAGAGCGUGGCAGAGCAGUGGGCAUGCAGCACAGUGCCGCUCCUGUGACUUCUUUGGCAGGCACUGCAGCAGCAGGUGGUACCCAUGUGGUCGCGAGUGCUGCUGGCAUGGACGCAGCAAGCAGCGGAUUGGCGAGGCAUGGCGAGAGCCCAGUGCAUGUGCCGCGGUUCCCCCCAAAGCCUCUGUGCGUCGUCUCCCCUCGCUUCCCCACGUCCUCCUCGCAGUCCCCUCUGCUCUCCCCUCUCUCAUGCACUCCCAGAGGAAGGCCACGCAGCACUGGGUGGGGGCGCAGUGGCGGCGAGGGGAAGGGGAAGGCAGGCAGGCAGGGGCGGUGGGAGAUGGAGUGGACAGGCGGGUCGCCUGGGGAAGCAGUAACGCAGCAGGGAAAGGCGGCAGGGGCAGCGAAGCAAGAAGGGAUGCAAGGGGGUGCGGAAGGAGAAGGGGAGAGAGGGAGGGCGUGGCGUGGAGCGAUGUGGGAGCAGCGGGACGAUUCAAUGGGCAGCGCUGUGAGUGGUGGGGGGGGAGGAGGAAUGGUCGUAGUCUCUGAGGGCAGAGAGGCAGCGUGGCGAGAAAGGUUAAGCUCAGGGGAAGGUGCAGUGGGGACUGUGGCGAGCCCUGGGCACAUGGUGUGUGCAAGUGCAGCUGCUCUUCUGAGCAGGCAGAGCAGCUGGGGCUGCAGUGACGCCCGAAUGGGUGCCACUGCGGGUGCAAGCUCCUCCUCUCUUAAGGAAGCUCCCUUGUUACCGCGCUCCACCUCUGCAGCUGCUGCGUCCCUGACAGUAGCUUCACCGAGCGGCAGGGCGUUGCCUCGAGUGCGGUCGCUGGCGGCAGGGGGGAGAGCAGCAGAGGCAGUGCGUACGGCAGAGGUAGCAGGGCGAUGGGGGGCAGGGGGGCGAGGAGAGAGCGGUGGGGGACUGGUGCCAUGGGGCAAGAGCAAGAGCUGGGGCGGUGCUGGGAGGAGCAGAGCGUGGGGCGCAGGCGAGGGGGGUUGCCACUUGCAGGGGAGAGUGGCGGAGGCGAAAGUCAGUCCUGGGGAGGUAAGGAGAGGGGAGUCGGCAGCAGGGGUGGCGUCGGCAUCGCAGUCGUCGUUGCCUGCUGCAGCAUCGUCUAUUGAAUCGUGUGGGCUGCUGGCUCAACACAUUCGCCGCCAGCAGCAGCGGCAGCAGGAGCAGCAGCAGCAGCGACUACAGGAACACCAGUUGCAGCGGAGACAGCAGGAACAGGUUAUGGGUGACAUGCAGGGCAAGAGGUGCAUGGAGGGAGAGGUGCAUGUGCCUGGGAAGUAUAGAGCGCUGGGGGACCUUGAAAGGUGUGGCAGUGGGAUGGAAGACAAAGGACAGUCGUCAGAGAAAUCUAUCUUAGAGGUGCAGCUGGAUGAGCUCAUGAGCGAGACGCACAGCAACACCGCGCCCACCAACUCAAUCUCACACGCCACAGCGCCUGCCCCGCACCUGCUUUCCUCUGCCGCCAUUGCUCUGCUGCUCAGCAAUGCCCUCACGCCCCUGCCUCUGCCUGCCGCCGCACCUGCCUCACAGUCCUCCAUGCUUGGAGCCACCGUGCCCGCAGCCCAGGGGGGCCGCCCAUGA